UACCAUUCAAUUAAGGGAUUUCAAAAAUCAAGUUUCUCUUGAAAGGGAUUACUGCGUAUGUACCUUUGGAUUUAUGAUGGGGUGGAUGUGGAUAACCGUUCCCAGAGGCCGAUGGCAAGCACUGUUUGUCAUUCUUUGUCUUUUCACGCUGAGCUCAGUGACUGGACAGGCUCGAUAUUCCAUACCGGAGGAGCAGGCAGAAGGGUCUUUUGUCGGAAACAUUGCUAGAGAUUUAGGCUUGGAUGAGGCGAGGCUCAUAUCAGGUAAAGCUCGUAUUAUUACAAAAGGAAGCCGACAGUAUGUUGAUUUAAACCGAGACAAAGGCACCCUUCUUGUUAAAGAGCGAAUCGAUCGAGAAGAGCUUUGUGGACAGACGACGCCCUGUAGCUUCAGUUUCGAGAUAAUUUUAGAAAAUCCAAUCCAGUUAUAUCGGGUAACAGUAGAGGUGAUAGACAUUAACGAUAACAGUCCGUCAUUCCCAAAGAAUGAGAUCAAUUUGAAAAUUGUUGAGAGUGUUGUGUCAGGGACUCGUUUCUCACUAGAGAGUGCAGACGAUCCUGAUGUUGGUAUUAAUAAUAUUCAGAAAUACACACUGAAACCCUCAGAUCAUUUCAAAUUGGAAAUACAGAGCCAACCGGAUGGAGGCAGAUUUAUCGAAAUAGUUUUACAGAACCCGUUAGACCGAGAGAAAGAGGAGACUCACACACUCGUGCUGGUUGCUUCAGAUGGCGGUGAGCCACCUAGAUCAGGGACGGUACGUAUUCACAUCACUGUGCUGGAUGCUAACGAUAAUGCACCAGUGUGUAGCCAGCCUGUUUAUAAAGCAGAUGUCAGGGAAAAUUCUCCUGAAGGAACGGUGGUAACCACUGUUAGUGCAAAUGACGCAGAUAAAGGACAUUAUGGUGAAGUAACUUACUCUAUCGCUCAUGUCGCCAGAGAGGCGAAGCAGCUGUUUGAAGUAAAUGUGAAAACAGGAGAGAUUAAAGUUACAGGUAAACUAGAUUUUGAAAGGUCUAAGACCUACCAAUUAAAUGUACAGGCUAGUGACCACGGGGGACAUACAGAUACGUGCAAAGUUAUUAUUCAAAUACUUGAUGAGAAUGACAACAUCCCUACAAUACAGCUUAUGUCAUUUUCUAACUCGAUAUCGGAGGAUUCUCUCCCGGGGACAACUAUAGCUGUUGUUAACGUGGAUGAUGAAGACUCUGAUGGUAACGGUGUAGUCAAGUGCUCCAUUAACUCUGACGUACCUUUCAAAAUUGAGUCUUCUUUAACAGGAUAUUAUACUAUAGUAACAGAAGACUUUUUAGACAGAGAAAGUAUUCCUGAGUAUAAUAUCACCAUUACCGUCUCUGACCAAGGCUCUCCGCCUCUGUCUAGCAGUAAAAAGAUUAAUGUUAAAGUGUCUGACGUGAAUGACAGCCCACCCAAAUUCGACCAAUCAGAAUAUAGGAAGACUGUACCAGAGAACAACUCUCCUGGAUUCUCUGUGUUUACUCUCAGUGCUAGUGAUGCAGACUGGGGUCAAAACGCCCGAGUGUCUUACUUCCUGGAGGAGAAAGAGAUUAACGGAGUAGCUGUGUCGUCAUUAGUGUCAGUAAACUCAGAAAAUGGUGUCGUUCAAGCAGUGAGGUCGUAUGAUUAUGAACAAAUCAAGUGGUUUGAAUUUAAUGUAACUGCUCGUGAUGCCGGAUCCCCUCCUCUGAGUUCAGUGGCUACAGUUAAAAUAAUGAUCCAGGAUCAGAACGACAACCCCCCUCAAGUUCUGUACCCAGUCCAGACUGGUGGCUCUCUGGUGGCUGAAAUGGUGCCUCGUUCAGCAGAUGUGGGCUAUCUGGUCACUAAAGUGGUGGCUGUUGAUGUGGACUCUGGACAGAAUGCCUGGCUCUCCUAUAAACUGCAGAAAGCCACAGACAGGGCGCUGUUUGAAGUGGGCUUACAGAAUGGAGAAAUAAGAACUAUCCGCCAGGUGACUGAUAAAGAUGCUGUGAAACAAAGACUGACUGUUAUAGUGGAGGACAACGGGCAGCCCUCUCGUUCAGCUACAGUCAUUGUUAACGUGGCAGUGGCGGACAGCUUCCCUGAAGUGCUGUCAGAGUUCACUGACUUUACACACGACAAGGAGUACAAUGACAACCUGACUUUUUACUUAGUGUUGGCUCUGGCUGUAGUUUCCUUCCUCUUCAUCACGUGUUUAGUUGUUAUUAUAUCAGUGAAAAUCUACAGAUGGAGACAGUCUCGCAUCCUGUAUCACUCCAAUCUCCCUGUGAUUCCUUAUUAUCCACCACGUUACUCAGACACUUUGGGGACAGGGACUCUCCAACACGUGUACAAUUACGAGGUGUGCAGGACGACUGACUCCAGGAAGAGUGACAUGAAAUAUAUGCAACCGAUGAGUCAAAGUUUAGUGAGUGUAGAUGGAGAUGCGGCUGAUACACCGCAGGUGGAAAAGCAACUGUCAGGGAACUGCUCUCAGAUGUCAACCUUGCUGAGCUCAGUGACUGGACAGGCUCGGUAUUCCAUACCGGAGGAGCAAGCAGAAGGAUCUCUUGUUGGAAACAUUGCUAGAGAUUUAGGCUUGGAUGUGGCGAGGCUUAUAUCAGGUAAAGCUCGUAUUAUUACAAAAGGAAGUCGACAGUAUGUUGAUUUAAUCCGGGACAAAGGCACACUUGUUAUUAAAGAGCGAAUAGACCGAGAAGAGCUUUGUGGACAGACGACGCCCUGUAGCUUCAGUUUCGAGGUAAUUUUAGAAAACCCGAUCCAGCUUUAUCGGGUAACAGCGGAGGUGAUAGACAUUAACGAUAACAGUCCGUCGUUCCCAAAGGAUGAGAUCAAUUUGAAAAUUGUUGAAAAUGCUGCAGCGGGGACGCAUUUCUCUUUGGUGAGUGCAGACGACCCUGAUGUUGGUAUUAAUGAUAUUCAGAAAUACACACUUAAACCCUCAGAUAAUUUCAAAUUGGAAGUCCAGAGCCAACCGGAUGGAGGCAGAUUUAUCGAAAUGGUUUUACAGAACCCGUUAGACCGAGAGAAAGAGGAGACUCACACGCUCAUACUGAUUGCUUCAGAUGGCGGUGAGCCACAUAGAUCAGGGACGGUGCGUAUUCACAUUACUGUGCUAGAUGCUAACGAUAAUGCACCAGUGUGUAGCCAGCCUGUUUAUAAAGCAGAUGUCAGGGAAAAUUCUCCUGAAGGAACGGUGGUAACCACUGUUAGUGCAAAUGACGCAGAUAAAGGAGUCAAUGGUGAAGUAACUUACUCCAUUCCUCAUGUCGCCAAAGAGGCGAAGCAGCUGUUCGAAGUCAAUGUCAAAACUGGAGAGAUUAAAGUUACAGGUAAACUAGAUUUUGAAAAAUCCAAGACCUACCAAUUGAAUGUUCAGGCUAGUGACCACGGGGGAUUCACUGAUACGUGCAAGGUUAUUAUUCAAAUACUUGAUGAGAAUGACAACGUCCCUACAAUACAGCUUAUGUCAUUUUCUAACUCUAUAUCGGAGGAUUCUUCCCCAGGGACAACUAUAGCUGUUGUUAACGUGGAUGAUGAAGACUCUGAGGGUAACGGUGUAGUCAAGUGCUCCAUUAACUCUGACGUACCUUUCAAAAUUGAGUCUUCGUUAACAGGAUAUUAUACUAUAGUAACAGAGGACUUCUUAGACAGAGAAAAUAUUCCUGAGUAUAAUAUCACCAUUACCGUCUCUGACCAAGGCUCUCCGCCUCUGUCUAGCAGUAAAAACAUUAAUGUUAAAGUGUCUGACGUGAAUGACAACCCACCCAAAUUCGACCAAUCAGAAUAUAGGAAGACUGUACCAGAGAACAACUCUCCUGGAUUCUCUGUGUUUACUCUCAGUGCUAGUGAUGCAGACUGGGGUCAAAACGCCCGAGUGUCUUACUUCCUGGAGGAGAAAGAGAUUAACGGAGUAGCUGUGUCGUCAUUAGUGUCAGUAAACUCAGAAAAUGGUGUCGUUCAUGCAGUGAGGUCGUUUGAUUAUGAACAAAUCAAGUGGUUUGAGUUUAAUGUAACUGCUCGUGAUGCCGGAUCCCCUCCUCUGAGUUCAGUGGCUACAGUUAAAGUAAUAAUCCAGGAUCAGAACGACAACCCCCCUCAGGUUCUGUACCCAGUCCAGACCGGUGGCUCUCUGGUGGCUGAAAUGGUGCCUCGUUCAGCAGAUGUGGGCUAUCUGGUCACUAAAGUGGUGGCUGUUGAUGUGGACUCUGGACAGAAUGCCUGGCUCUCCUAUAAACUGCAGAAAGCCACAGACAGGGCGCUGUUUGAAGUGGGCUUACAGAAUGGAGAAAUAAGAACUAUCCGCCAGGUGACUGAUAAAGAUGCUGUGAAACAAAGACUGACUGUUAUAGUGGAGGACAACGGGCAGCCCUCUCGUUCAGCUACAGUCAUUGUUAACGUGGCAGUGGCGGACAGCUUCCCUGAAGUGCUGUCAGAGUUCACUGACUUUACACACGACAAGGAGUACAAUGACAACCUGACUUUUUACUUAGUGUUGGCUCUGGCUGUAGUUUCCUUCCUCUUCAUCACGUGUUUAGUGGUUAUUAUAUCAGUGAAAAUCUACAGAUGGAGGCAGUCUCGCAUCCUGUACCACUCCAAUCUCCCUGUGAUUCCAUAUUAUCCACCACGUUACUCAGACACUUUGGGGACAGGGACUCUCCAACACGUGUACAAUUACGAGUAUUUGGAGAAAGUGAACGUGCACGGAUGUCAGUAUCGCUUUAGUGUCGCUGUCCAUGGUGCUGGAAAGGUCGACGGAUUCAAUUUGAAGUAA